UGGCAACAUUGCUACUGGUGCUGACGAGUGACGGAUCAUGAUUUGAAGUGGGUAGAAGCUAAAUGUGUUAUUUUUGUGAUGAGUGUUCGUGUUAUUUUUGAGAAUGCCAAUCCAGGCGCCGCAAUGGACGGACUACCUCAAUUGUCCGGUGUGCUGUCGCGAGUUUGGCCCCCCUCCGCGGAGCCCUAUCAGUCUUGGAUGCGGUCACACCCUAUGUGGUCACUGUCUUAAGCAUUUGCAUAGAAAACAAUGCCCUUUUGAUCAGACAGUAAUCCACGCAGAGCCCGAAGAAUUAGUAGUGAACACGGCGCUGCUACAGUUAGCCGGGUAUACGCCGCCCGCGCAGCCCUACCACCCACCCUGCAUACAGGCGUUGUCCGAGCACGACCGUCAUGCGUAUGACGUCAUCGUGCGAUGCCUCGAACACCUUGCCAUCUACCUUAAACUCUGUGGUAAUGCGAAUAAUAGCACGGCGGGUAACCGGUUGUCGAGGCCUAUGCAACGCAAGUUGGUGACGUUGCUUCAAUGUGCCAUCACUGACGAAGAGGGCAGGGGGAGGGCGGCACGAGCGGCGCGAUCUCUUGGGGAGAGGACUGUCACUGAACUGAUUCUUCAGCACCAGAACCCUCAACAACUUAGUGCGAAUCUGUGGGCAGCGGUGAGAGCUCGCGGCUGUCAGUUUUUAGGUCCAGCAAUGCAAGAAGAAGUCUUAAAACUUGUCCUUUUGGCGCUAGAAGAUGGUUCCGCCCUUUCCAGAAAGGUUUUAGUGAUGUUUGUUGUCCAAAGAUUAGAGCCUCAUUUUCCGCAGGCUUCCAAAACUAGUAUAGGCCACGUCGUCCAGCUUCUGUACAGAGCUUCUUGUUUUAAGGUAUCAAAACGCGAGUGUGAUUCUUCACUAAUGCAACUGAAGGAGGAAUUCCGGACAUACGAAUUGCUGCGUCGGGAACACGAUGCGCAGAUAGUCCAAAUAGCGACCGAGGCGGGUCUGAGGAUAGCCCCUGACCAGUGGAGCGCCCUCCUCUACGGGGAUACCGCGCACAAGAGCCACAUGCAGAGUAUAAUCGACAAAUUGCAAACACCCCAGUCGUUCGCGCAGUCGGUGCAGGAGCUGUUCAUAGCUUUGCAAAGGACUGGUGACCCGGCGCAGUUGGUCGUCAUCAGUAUGCAUCUCGACCGACUCGCCAAUAUCGAUGCUAGUCCUGAUGCGAAAAGUCCUACAUGGCAACAGCUGGCCGAGAUGAUCAAGGCAAUAAAAGAAGUCGUUUCCGGUCUUAUCCACUACCUACAGCAACAAGCCUCUGGUCGCGACUCGAACCACAACCAGAAGCACAUCCUGCAGGAGAGAUGCAUCGAACCAUCGACUAGCCAGCCUUCGCCACAGAGUGCGACUACCCCGACUCACAAGUACAAGACAGCAAUGUGCAGGGAUGCAGUGACCAGGUCCUACUGCCCGAGGGGCAACUCCUGCACCUUCGCUCAUUAUGAAGAAGAAUUAGAAAGGUACAGGGCAUUGCCAAAUACAAACCAGGCUAUAACCAAUGGCAACUACACGUACAUGCCCCCGCUGCCACCUGCAUUGCCGCUGCAGCAAAUGCCUCAGGCGCUCCCCCUCCCGCCGAUGUACCAGAGGUUCCCAAUGCCUCCACCGCAGCCCCUCGCUCAACAUCCGCAUAUUGACAACUACAACGUCCAGUCGAUUAAUACACUACCGACACAACCGAUGCCACAAGAACUGCUUACGAAUCAGGAAUAUGGCGCUGAUAAUCAACGUGCAGAUUGUAUCCAGCAACCUCAGAACUACGCUUCUGCCCUCAUGCACAACCAAGCACAAUUGGCUAUAAAUCAAAAUUCCAUGAUAGUCCCAAUACCGGAUCGACCUUACUACGGCCGUUACGGAGUAGUCGCCAUGCACGAUGAACCCUCAAACAAUAUCCAGUUUCCACGGCAAGAAUUCGUCAAUCCCGUAUUCCAAGGUGCAACCAAUACUGGACCGAUAACCGGCUAUCCGAACCAAGAACAGACCAUGCCUCCACCGAUGCCAAAUAUGUUUGUACCGGUGCAACACGAAGCUCCGCGAAAUAUUAGCCCCUACACAUUCGAUGAUCCGAUACCCUCAGACCUCUUGCCGGACUAUCGAGUUGAGGCGUCUGCCUUCGCUGUCGUACCUCGUGACCGCCGCAUUGAACCGUCUUGGCCAACCAAUAGUGUAUUUAAUUUCGACUCUAUGAGGAACACUCUGGCACACGGACCCUCUACUCCAGAGGAUAUAUUCGCUGUACCGAGUGACAGGCGGGCGGUUGGAGCCGACAGACUCGGGGCGGUAGCUGAACGCAUGGCAGCCGUAACUUCUGAGCUGGCAAUCAGAGCUGAUGAUGAAGAAUUAGAAGAGGAACUGCAGGCCCUGGAGCGCCGUAUCGACACCGAGUUUAAAAGCACUGAUUAAAUGUCGAUACUGAGUUACUAUCUCAUACCAAAUAUAAAUUAUCAAAUAUAACGACUUUAGGUUGAAAGAUAAGAAUAAUCAACGAAAGUUGACAGAGAUGGACGCAUUUCUUAUAAAGUUGUAUCGAGUCUUUGUUUGAAGAUCUUAUUGGAUAUUAGAACUUCUUAUUUAUUAAAAAUAAAUGAGAAGAUUUAUUACUUAUCCAAAAAAAAAAAAUUCAAAGACUUCAAGUACAACUUGUAUUGAAUGCAAGAAAAGAUAUAUUUUAACUAUCAAAUCGUACUUCCAUUGUAAUUACUCAUCUUCCUUUAAAUUAGAAUUACGCAAUAGGGUUAGUAGUGACGUAAAUAAAUGUUUGUAGGACCUAGUUUGACUUCGACGACUCGUAGAAGUUGUCCUUAGUGUCUCGGAUGCUUAAUAAUAUCAAAACGGAAUAUAUGAGACUCAUUAAAAGAAGACACGAUUUAAUGUAUAAUUUUAUCUCGUAAAGUAACAAAGUCUAUGAAAAACAACUCAUGACGCUCCUUGGUAUUUUUAUAGACAAACUAAUAAAUUAUAUAUUUAUUUAAAUUUGUAAUAAACUUAUUAACGUUUGCCUUUACGGCAAUAAAUGAAUUGACACUAGAAUAGACUUCGCCGUAUUGUGGUCGCAUUUAACUUUGCCCUUAAAUUUAUAGCCUAUGUGAAUAGGCAAAUAAAAUAAUAAAGUCAGACAUUGGUCGUUAAUAUACUGUAAGUAAAAGUGAAAUAAUUUGUUUUAUCUUGGAACAAAUUUUUAGGGUUCCCUACUGACAAGAACAAAGUCAUAAAAUAUAACUUCGGUGACCGCCUGAUGCCCAUCAGUCUGUUCGUCCGUCCUAAUAUCGCAAUCGUCAUCGCAAAAUAUUCAUUUUGAAUUUGGUAUUAUUUUCAGUAACGGUUUUAUUUAAAAA